CGCUCGAUGCGUUGUCGGUGGCGAUGUGAUAAGUUGUGUCGGAUGCUUGUCUAUGGGAGUGAUCGCUUACGGUUUUCGGGUAUCCUUUAGUGGUUAAAUAUUUUAUAUCCAGUGAAUUACAGAAAACCAUUUAAAUUAUCGAAUGACAGUGAAUAAAGUUGUCUCUUAAAUAUGGCGUUGGAGGGUGUGAAAAGUGAAAAAAGUGAGGAAAACAACGCUAACGGGCCGGACGGCAAGGCGAAUGGGAUUGAAAACAAGAGUAAACAGAUAGAACCGAACACAGCGUUCCUCCGUGCGGCGCGCGCCGGCCAGCUCGAUACAGUGCUUGAUUUGCUGGACUCAGGCGCCGUCAAGGACAUUAAUACUUGUAACUCGAAUGGACUCAACGCAUUGCACUUAGCAGCAAAAGACGGUCACAUCUCUGUUGUAGAGGAACUUCUCAAACGAGGAGCCACAGUUGAUGCUGCCACAAAGAAAGGAAACACAGCGCUCCACAUAGCAUGUUUGGCCGGACAAGAGGAUGUCGCGCGUGCACUACUCGGUGCUGGCGCUCGGGCGGACGCGCAAUCCGCGGCAGGGUUCACACCGCUGUACAUGGCGGCGCAGGAGAACCAUGCUGGAUGUGUCAAGAUGCUGCUUGCUGCUGGAGCCAGCCAGACACUCGCCACAGAGGAUGGGUUCACACCGCUGGCGGUGGCGAUGCAGCAGGGCCAUGACCGUGUGGUAGCCGAGCUGCUGGAGUCAGACACGCGGGGCAAGGUGCGCCUGCCCGCACUACACAUCGCCGCUAAGAAGAAUGAUGUCAAAGCUGCGAUGCUACUGCUUGAGAACGAACAUAAUCCGGACGCGUGCUCGAAGUCCGGCUUCACUCCGCUGCACAUCGCGGCUCACUACGGCAACGUGGGCGUGGCCAAGGCGCUGCUGUCUGCUGGAGCGGACUCGGGCCGCGCAGCUAAACACAACAUCACACCUCUACACGUCGCCAGCAAGUGGGGACAGCUCGCUAUGGUCGAUCUGCUGGUUGAAAAUGGUGCCAACAUCGCGUCAGUGACCAGGGAUGGUCUGACGCCAUUGCACUGCGCGGCUCGCUCCGGACACAGCAACGUCGUGUCGCGACUGCUGCAGCACGGCGCGCCCAUCACUAGUAAAACUAAGAACGGUCUGACGCCUCUCCACAUGUCCGUGCAAGGCGAACACGUGGAGACGGCCAAAGUGCUGCUGUCGGAGGGCGCGCCCAUUGAUGACGUCACCGUGGACUACCUCACCGCGCUGCACGUCGCCGCACACUGCGGACACGUUAAAGUGGCCAAGCUCUUACUAGACAGAAACGCAGACGCGAACGCGCGAGCUCUGAACGGUUUCACUCCUCUACAUAUCGCCUGUAAAAAGAACAGGCUCAAAGUUGUCGAACUGCUUUUGAAGUAUGGUGCCAGUAAAUCAAGUACAACUGAGUCUGGUCUGACGCCGCUGCACGUGGCGGCGUUCAUGGGCUGCAUGAACAUAGCGCUGGUGCUGGUGGGCGCGGGUGCAGACGCUGACGCCGCCACCGCGCGCGGAGAAACGCCCCUACAUCUGGCUGCGCGUGCGCACCAGACUGAUCUAGUUAGAGUGCUGCUGAGAAAUAACGCUAAAGUGGAAGCCCGAGCGCGCGAGGAACAGACGCCCCUGCACGUGGCGGCGCGCCUCGGUCACGCGGACAUUGCGGCGCUGCUGCUGCAGCACGGCGCUGACGUCGCCGCUACCACUAAAGACCACUACACGCCGCUGCACAUCGCCGCCAAGGAAGGUAAAGAAGAAGUAGCAUCAAUCCUCCUCGACCACAACGCGCCCAUCGAGGCUGAAACCCGCAAGGGCUUCACGCCGCUCCACCUGGCGGCCAAGUACGGAGACAUCGGUGUAGCGCGCCUGCUGCUCGCGCGGGGGGCGCAGCCUGACGCCCCGGGCCGGAGUCACAUCACGCCCCUGCACAUGGCCACCUACUACGGACAUCCUGAUAUCGCCCUCCUGCUACUCGAUAAAGGUGCCUCUCCUCACUCGCUGGCGAAGAAUGGUCACUCCGCGCUGCACAUCGCCUGCCGACACAACCACCCAGAUAUAGCCUUUGCUCUUCUCGAACAUGACGCAGACCCAGGAGUAAAGUCUAAGGCGGGCUUCACACCGCUGCACAUGGCGGCGCAGGAGGGACACGAGGACUGCGUAGAGAUGCUCAUUGAACGCGGUGCUGAUGUUAAUGUCCCAGCUAACAAUGGUCUAACACCAGUCCACUUAGCGGCUUCUGAGGGUCGUACAGCGGUACUGAAGGCACUCUUAGCAGCGGGAGGACGCUGUGGAGCACGUACUCGAGACGGGUACACUCCGCUGCACGCGGCCGCGCACCACGCACACCUGGCGGCUGCGCGUGCGCUGCUGGACUCCGGCGCUGACGUCACAGCGCGCGCUGCACACGGAUUCACACCUCUACACCAAGCAGCACAACAAGGACACACACUGGUCAUACAAUUAUUGCUUAAGAAUAAUGCUGACCCCAACGCAUUGUCUGCAAGUGGGCAGACUGCGUGCGCGAUAGCUGACCGUCUGGGGUACAUCAGCGCGGUGGAGGCGCUGCGCCCCGUCACCGAGAACACGCUCAGCCAGGCUGUUGGAGACGCAGGUGGAUUGGAAGGAAAGUACCGCGUGGCUGCUCCAGAGCUCAUGCAAGACACAUUCAUGAGCGAUUCGGAAGACGAAGGAGGCGAAGUGGAGUGUCCUAUCCAACAGCAACAACAAUAUCGGUACAUGGCGAGCGAGGCGGGCACGUUGCAGCGCGCGAGGCCGCUUGCUGCAGACCACACCGUGGCUGACGGACAUCUAUGGCCCAGCAACAAUGAUAAGAAAGUCGCCACGAUUGAACGACAGCCUGUCGACAUCGGGUUCCUGGUGUCGUUUGUGGUGGACGCUCGUGGAGGUGCUAUGAAGGCAAAGAGACGUGGUGGAGUGCGCAUCAUUGUGCCCCCAGCAGCCUGCGCCGCGCCCACUAGAGUUACAUGCCGUGCCGCAACCCGUCGAGCGCCCGCCGCAGCGCCGCCUCCACUGAUGGAGGGUGAAGCCCUGGCCUCCAGACUGCUUGAACUGCAGCCACAGGGUGCUAAGUUUUUAGCGCCAGUGAUAAUCGAGGUGCCGAUAUUCACCGCGUGUUGCAAGGAGCGCGAGAUCGUGGUGCUGCGCUCUGAGACGGGCGACACGUGGCAGGAUCACUACCUGCACAACAACGACAACCCCAUCAUACAGGAAGCUCUAGCGCGCGAGCGUCAGGAGUACGGUCCUAGCGGCGAGGCGGUGGGGGAGAGCGGGGAGCGCGUGACGCGUGUCGUGACGUGCGACUUCCCGCACUACCUGGCCGUGGUGUCGCGUGUCCGCCAGGAGGUGCACGUCAUCGGACCUGAGGGCGGCACCGUCUCCAGCGCCCACAUACCACAGGUGCAGGCGCUGUUCCCCCCGCAGGCGCUGACGAAGCGCAUCCGCGUGGGUCUGCAGGCGCACGGCGCGGCGGGCGAGCUGUGCCGGCGCGUGCUGCCGCGUCACGCCGCCGUCUCCCCCGUGCUCACUGUGGAGCCGCGCCGCCGCAAGUUCCACCGCAGCAUCACCCUCACCGUGCCGCUGCCGGUGCCGCACCAGGGCGCAGUACACGAUAAGGCGUCGACUGCAACUCUUCGACUGCUGUGCUCCAUCAUGGGAGGUCAGGCGCGUGCUGUGUGGGAGGACGUCACCGGCUCCACACCACUCACACUCACUGAGGACUGUGCGUCCUUCACCACCACUGUGUCCGCCAGAUUUUGGUUGAUGAACUGUCAAAAUGUAAGCGACGCCACAAAACUGGCUACAGAAUUAUACAGGGAAAUGCUAUUGGUGCCAUUCGAAGUACGUAUCGUGGUGCUGGGCAAGAGGCUUGAUGCGUUGGAAGGCAGACUGCUCGUACUAUACAUAACUGACAGAUAUGCUUAUGAUACGCUUCUGAAGCAGGAGCACUACACGGAGAUAGCGCAUUCUACCGCGGUCCGGUUCCUGGACGGCAAGGAGGUGUUCCUGGAGUUCUCCGGCAACCUGGUGCCCGUCACCAAGUCCGGCAGUCAGCCCAUGUUCACAUUCGAGGCUUUCAAAGACAACCGCGUGGAGUUCACAGUACGCGUCAAACAUCACGAGGAGAGUCCCGCCGGCAGAGUCUACUUCAUGAAUGAACCGAAGGUGGCGAAGGGCGAGCAGUCUCAGACUCCGGCGUGUGUGCUGGACGUGGAGCUGCCCGAGCGCAUCGCACCGCGCGCAGCCAAGAGCCAGAUUGACUACCUCAAUCUAGACCAGUCCGGUUUUGAUGCACUAAAAGAUGAAUUGAGUUUCCAUUGGGGCGAUCACAACAACAGCUUGGGACCCGCCUCGUUGCCCGGUCAGGGUCACCAGGUCAAUGGACAUGACAAAAUCAUCACCAACGGAAAUGUGAAAUAUCCCACAAGUGAUGAAGAAGACAAGGAUACAAAGCCUCAAGUGAACGGUGGCAGUUUGCAUGUAGACUCGAACAAAACAAAGGCAACGUUUGAUUCUGACGAAGAUAAAACGCCGAUGAACACCUUGGAGAAAGGCAAGAAGAAACCAGAAGGUGGUUCCUUCUUCGGUGGUAUAGCAGACAAAGUUAAAAACGUAUUCAACUACAGCGACGACAAAGACGAAGACGUUAAGGAAUCAUCCCCUAAACCGGAGCCUCCGCAACCACAGCCCAAACCACGAGAAACUAAAGAAAAAGAAAAAACCCCACCGAAACCUGCGCCUAGACUUAUCACCGAAGAUUUACUAGAAAAAGUCGACGACAUGUUCAAAGAUAUCAAACAUAAACCUCAUAUAAAAGACGAGGAUGAAUUAGACAGUCAUAUUUAUUCCACAAAAUUAAUCGUUGACGAAGAAAACGAUCAGCCGCCAGGUCUCCAUGAUAUAACAGAGGAAGUGUACCAGCAAUACGAAAACAUGCAACCUGUAGAAACACCAGGUUGCUGCAAGACAUCAGAUCCAUUCCAAUUUUACACCGGAUGCUGCGAAGGAAAGUACAAGAAGGGACAGAAGCAUCGACACGACGAAACUUCCAAUUUAGUAGACAGAGUUGAACAGAUAAACUUUACCGCACACGAGAAACUGGAUGAUCUAUCUGAUAAAGUACAAAAUAAUAUUAAUGAUGGCUUGAAUAAGAUAGGAGAAGAAAGAGACGUCAUAAAACAACAAACAAUUGAAGCGAGUGAAGAUCUAAUAGAGAAAACUGAUGCAUUGAAGAAACGUUUGAAAGAUAAGGGAGAUGAAUGGAAAUCUUCAAUCGAUGAAAAAGCAAAGGAAUCGGAAAAUGCACUGAACGAUCAAUUAAAUAAAUUAAACGAGGAUGUUAAGGAUAAAAAACAAACAAUUCAGUCAAGUAUCGAAGCGGAAAUCGAAAACGCAAAGUCUUCCACCAAAGAUACUCUCAGCCAAUUGGCCGAAACAACUAAUCUCGCCAAAAGUAAAUUGGAAGACAAAGUUCACGAAGUUGAUUUCGCAGCACGAGAGAGAGCUGAACAACUGAGACUUGCCAGUCAAGACAAAAUAGAGGACUUGGAAACAAACAUAAGAAAUGCAGCAAAUGAAAAGUCUAAAGACUUAAAUGACACCAUGAAUAAUGUACAGGAAAAUAUUAAAAAUAAUGUACAAGACCUUAAAAACGAUUUGAAAACAAAUGUUAAUAACGCCAAAGAUAAAACGAAGGAUAAGAUGAAUGAUGUUAAUGAUGCUAUGAAUAAUGCCAAGGAUAAAGUACAAAAAGCUGCCGCUGAUACUAAAACAAAGGCUGGAGAAAAGAAAGAUCAAAUCGAAACAGAAGUUAAAAAGAAAAAGAAGGAAGGCAAAAACUUUUUUACCGGUUUAGUGCAUAAUAUCUUCGGAGAGAAAGAUAAAAUUGAAAACGAAAUAAAAGAAAAGGCAUCCGAAACACAAGAAUAUACAGAACAACUAGUCAAACAGGCAUCCGAUAAAAAAGAUGAAAUAAAUGAAAAAAUUGCGGAAGGAAGGGAAUCUGCAGAAAGGUUGGCAAAGGAACAAAAAGAUAAGGCUAAAGAAAAGGUAACGGAGGCGAAGGAAACUGCCGACGAAUUGAUACAAAAAGCAUCUUCUAAAAAAGAUAACAUUGAACAAAAUCUCAAAAAGAAAAAGGUAGAAAUAAGCGAAAAUAUUGAUUACGUAGUUGAAGCUACUCAAGAUAAGAAGGCUGAAGUGGAACAGGCGUUAAGGAAUAAAAAAGAUGAAACAGAAAAAGCCCUUGUUGAUAAGACAGGCGAAAUCAAAGCUGCCUUCGAUGACAAGAGGCAAGAAAUGGAAAACACAGUAGAGGACAAACUGGACAGUCUGAGGCAUACAAAAGAUGAAGUACAAAGCGAAGCGAAGAGUCAACUGGAAAGGAUAUGGCAGGAGGCUGUGCAAACUACAGAAGAGAUAAAAAAAUCUGGCGAAACUCUAGCAAACGCAACCGCUAACAAAAAAUCCGACUUACAAAACAACGUAUCAAAUAAAAUCGAACAAUUAAAAGAAUCGGGCAAGGAGGAGAUCGUUUCAGUACAAAAUGCAGCAAGUGAUAAAUAUAAUGAUCUACAAGAAACAUCGAAACAGACUUUCGAGAACUUGCAAGAAUCUACCUUAAGUACUUUUGAUAAAGUCGAAAGUGCAGCUAAGGACAAGGCUAACGUCGCCAAAGAGAGCUGGGAGGAGGUGCAGAGCUCGGCGCGGGACACGUACGCCGACAUGAGAGAUGACGUCACCAGCCUGGAGAACUCCGCGCAGGACACGCUGCACAGCUUCCAGAGCUCCGCGGGUAACACUUUCGAUAGCUUGGAUGAAUCAGUGAAGGAAUACGUCAGUGGUGCUUCAAAUACGCUACAAAAUGUCGAAAAUAACUCUAAAGAGUUGUUCGGAGAUGCUAAAAAUACUUUCGAAGGAUUCCAAAUAUCUGCUGAUAACAAAUUAGAGGAUGUUAAAGCAUCCGCAAAGGAUAGUCUAGAAGACGCCGGAGCGAGACUGGGAGAGACGAAAGAUGCUGUGAAGGAGGACUUGAAGGGUGCUGAAGAGAGUGUUAUGAACACAGUUUCAAGUGGCGCUGAUAAACUGGCAAGCGGUUUUGAGGCUGUAGGAAACUUUGCGCUCGGGGCUUUUGACCAAGGUGUAAAGAAAGAUUCAUCGACGAAACUUCUGGAAUCAGAAAAAGCGCAGUCUUCUCCACAUAAGAAAAGUUCAGGAUUCUUCUCAAAGUUACGGCGCAACCCAUGAAAUUAAGUUUGGACGCAGCAACGCUUCAACAUUUAGAACAUAACUGCAAAAAAUAGUCGAUGUAGCAAAGUAAAAUAAGUGUUUAAUCUUUGCAUUUUAGGUCAUGUUUACCAUUUGUAACAUAUCUAUGUUACAAUCCGUAAAAACCCGGCAAAGUUUGAUGAAAGUGCUAAUGCAAUUUUUAAAAUAAAAUAGAUUUUGAUUAAUGUUUAAAAAACUUAAUCCAGUCUGAAUUAUAGACCGCGUAGAAUAUUCUAGAAUGAGAAUAGAUAUUUUAGACAGCUAAAAAUCUGGCCUUUAUUUCUAUGUGCUAUUUUUAAACGGUUUUACUUUAGUAAUACGUGAUAUCUGAAUGCUAAACUUGUUAUUGAAUAGGUGCGUACAAGUUUUUGGUACUAUUUUUUGUUAAAAUAUAAGUCAUAAAAAGUUCAAACUCAUAUGUAUACUUGAAGGCAAUUAAUUACAUUAUUCUUAAGUUAUAUUUUUACCUUGAUAACUACUAUUUUGUCUACUUAUUGGGAUA